AUGUGGUUCAAGCAAGAGAUGAACAAGAAAGAUGAAAUCUCUGCAGGAGUUGGACCUAAAAGCAGUAAAUCUAUCCGCCAGAAACUGGAGAGCUUUUCAAAGGAGAAGAAAGACUAUUCUCCUCAGACUUUUGGGAUCCCACUUUUCCAAGUCAUUGCCAAUGAUCGUGCAUACAAGCAACUGCAAGAAACUGUGAAGAGUAGCCGCCGGCUGUGCCUGGAGGUGGAAGCAACAGUGACAAACUUUCGGGCUCAGAUGCAGAAGAGGUCCCAGAUGGGCAGGAGCUGUUGGCUGGGGGCAAUGUCCGUGGACUCCAUCACUGAUCUGAGUGACAACAGUUCCAAGCUGCUGGAGGCACUGCAGUUGUCACACCCCCACGAGCUGCAUCCACGGAGAAGCCUGGGCAAGAAAAAGAUGUUAAGCCUCAACCCCAUCACCUGGCAGGUCCCACGGAUUGUGGACAGAUGUUGCAAACAUAUUGAAACAUACGGUCUCCAGACAGUGGGCAUCUUCCGAGUUGGGAGCUCCAAGAAAAGAGUUCAGCAGCUGAGGGAAGAGUUUGACCAAGGGCUGGAUGUUUUCUUGGAUGAACAUCAAAGCGUUCAUGAUGUGGCUGCUCUGCUCAAAGAGUUUCUUCGGGACAUGUCAGAUUCAUUGAUUCCCAGAGAGCUCUAUGCAGCCUUCCUCAGCACAGCCUCCAUGGAAGUCCCGGCACAGCUGGUUGUGCUCCAGCUGCUGCUCUUCGUGCUGCCCCCCUGCCACAGUGACACGCUGCACCGCCUUCUACGGUUCCUCAGCAAGGUGGCCCAGCAUGCCAAGAGCUCCUGGGGCCCCAAUGGCCAGGAGAUUCCUGGGAAUAAAAUGACAGUUUCAAACUUGGCCACAAUCUUUGGUCCCAACAUACUGCAGAAAGAGAAGCCUGGAGAAAAAGAUGCUGGUGCCAAGAACUUUGAAGACAGCACUGCCAUCAUACUGGUGGUUCAGAGGUUGAUUGAACAUUACCAGACCCUGUUCAUGGUCUCUCCAGAAAUGCAGCAUGACAUCUUAAGAAGACUGUUUCAGACAGACCCUGAUGUCAUUGACUACCUUUUGCGCAGGAAAUUCAAUACUGUGCUGUAA